CUGCCAGCCCUGCGUUGUCCCCGGUCACACAGACUCACGCGGCGGGACUGGAUGUGUCAGCAUGUUGGCCACACACCCCGACUGGCUGACGCGACUCUUAAAAGGCCUGGAGGAGCGUCUGCAAGAGGCUCCUGGCGGUGAGAGGCUGUCCCUCAGCAGCAGAAGUUCCGCAGCUGCCGAGCCCUGGUCCCCGAGCCUCCAGCUCUUCCCUCCGCAGCCCCACCUCGGGGCCCUGCAGCCCAGGCUCUGCAGCAGGUGUGCCCUGAGCACCCUGCACACGGAGGGUUAACCUUGCAAGGGGCAGCGACCAUAUAUGGGAAACCCGGCCCUUUGAGCCUGCGAGGAGCUCCCGUCCUGCCUCUCUGGCUGCCGUCCCAGUCCCCGGCCCGGUGGCCGCCCCGCCACCCCGAGCAUGCGAGUGGCGCUGGCCAUGGCUGCGUGGAUCGUCGCCCUGCUGCCCCGGGACGGGGUCCCCGCCCGCACUCUGCCGGGCAUCGAAGAUGAAGCCUUCAGCCAAGCUUGCGUCCGGGCUCACAACAAGUUCCGAUCGGAGGUGAGCCCCAGGGCCAGCGACAUGCUGUACAUGACUUGGGACCCGGCACUCGCCCGAAUUGCCAAAGCCUGGGCCAGAAAAUGUAGGUUUGAACACAAUGGACAGCUGCACUCAAAGACGCUGCACCCAAACUUCACUUCGGUGGGAGAGAACAUCUGGACUGGGUCUGUGUCCAUAUUUUCUGUGUCUUCAGCCAUCACAAGCUGGUACGAUGAAGUUCACGACUAUGAUUUCCAGACGCAGAAAUGCAACAAGGUCUGUGGCCAUUACACUCAGGUUGUCUGGGCAGACAGUUACAAGGUUGGCUGCGCAGUACAGUACUGUCCCACAGUUGCCGGCCUGCAAUUUUCCGACGCAGCGCAUUUCAUAUGCAACUAUGGACCAGGACAAAGCUACCGAACGCCAUACAAAAGAGGAUCUACUUGCAGUGCCUGUCCCAAUAAUGACAAGUGUUUGGAUAAUCUCUGCACUAACCCACAGCGAGACAAAGUCACACGUUACUACUCUACUGUGUAUCCUGACUGGCCAAUAUUUUCACGCAACAGAUACUUAUCUCUCUUUCUCAUUGUUAGUCCACCAAUCCUAAUACUGAUUGCUAUAAUAACCAUUUGGGUCAAACAUAGAUAUCCUCAUUUAGUUAAUCUGAACUGAUAAAAUCCAGAAAAAACACAAUUCAUUCAUAUGUGGUUUUUAUUUUGUUUUUUUCUUUAAAAUAAUGGUUGGGUAUAUUUCUUAUUUCUAAUUUUAAAACAUUUCAGAAAAAAAUAUGUUGCAGUAAACCUUUAAUCAAAAGAAAAAUCUGUUCAAUUUCCUCACUCUAGAAUAAACUCAUUUUUUACCUUCCACUUUUCUAUGAAUAAGCAUUGUUUUCAGGCUGCUACAGCUGUGACUUUCAGUAAGUAGCCCAGCCUCUGUCUCAGCUUCUAAAACUACAAAAUGAAUGUGCUAGAUUUAGGUGAUUCUAAAUAAAUGACUCCACUGGCCCUCGUUACUAAAA